UUCAGGCGGGUGUGGUCAGUGACGUACGGACUCUCAGAUAAGUACGAGCGUCCAGUGUCAGACGGAGCAGAGCACACUUUAACAUGUAUCCUGACAGCUCAUCAAAACACUGGCCAUGUCCCCACUACACAGGCUUUAACAGCGAUCAAAUCAAGCAAUAAAAUUAUCUUUUGGGAUUUCUUUUCGACUCAGAAAUAAAGCCUUACAGUGGACCAUCUCACGAUCAUCUAAACAUCGAUCGCAACAGGUACUUGUGCUCUGUGCAGGGUAUGUUUUGGCCAGUUGCCUGUCUGCACUAAAACAAGGGUUCAAAAGUCCUCGGCUGACUCACAGUUGGCAGUCCAGAGAGACAGUGUGGCUAACUGCCUCUCUCGCAAGUACAGUCUACAACACUGUAUAGGCUGCAUCAGGUUUCAGUAUCGAUGACUGAAGAGUUCAACAUGACUUACAUCAACAGCUCCCUGUUGAUGAUACGGCAGCACUGAACUCGUCCGCCUUCGCCAUGUCCGUGUAUCCUGAGGGAGACAGUCCUCUACUUCAGCUGCAGGAAGUGGACUCCAGCAGGGUUGGAGGUCAUGUCCUCUCUCCUGCCUUUAACUCCUCUUCUCCAUCUCUGCCGGUGGAGAGCCACCCCAUCUGCAUCCCAUCACCCUACACAGACCUCAGCCAUGACUUCACCACUCUGCCCUUCUACAGUCCCGCUCUGCUGGGUUACGGCGCAGCGCCUCUGUCCGACUGCCCAUCGGUGAGGCAGUCGCUAAGCCCCUCCCUCUUUUGGCCACCUCAUAGCCACGUUUCCUCAGUUGCAUUGCAUCAGCAACAGACUCGACUACAACAAAACCAUCCAACUGGUGGGAGUUGGGCAGAACUUACGCCACAUGAUCACAGCGAAGAGGAAAACUGCAAACCUCUGGCGAAGAGGGUAGCAGAUGCAGAGGAGACUUCUGCCUCUUUGAGAGGUAAAGCUGACAUGCACUACUGCGCCGUCUGUAGCGAUUAUGCCUCUGGGUAUCAUUAUGGAGUGUGGUCAUGUGAAGGAUGCAAAGCCUUCUUCAAGAGAAGUAUACAAGGACACAAUGACUACAUCUGCCCUGCCACCAACCAGUGCACCAUUGACAAGAACCGCCGCAAAAGCUGCCAGGCCUGCCGUCUGCGAAAAUGUUAUGAAGUUGGAAUGAUGAAAUGUGGGUUACGGCGAGAUCGUGGCAGCUACCAACAAAGAGGAGCACGGCAGAAGCGAUUGGCGCGGUUCUCUGGCAGGAUGAGAACAUGUGGCCCAAGAUCCCAAGAAAUCAAAAGUGUCCCACGUCCCCUCGGUGGAAAUAAGGUGGUUAGCAUAGCAUUGAGCCCUGAGGAACUAAUCGCUCGAAUCAUGGAUGCAGAGCCACCCGAGAUUUAUCUCAUGAAUGACGUGAAGAAGCCAUUCACUGAGGCCAACAUCAUGAUGUCACUGACCAACCUGGCUGACAAAGAGCUCGUUCACAUGAUCAGCUGGGCCAAGAAGAUCCCAGGUUUUGUGGAGCUCAGUCUUUUUGACCAGGUCCAUUUGUUGGAGUGCUGCUGGUUAGAGGUGCUGAUGCUGGGACUGAUGUGGCGAUCCGUUAAUCACCCUGGAAAGCUCAUUUUCUCCCCAGACCUCAGUCUCAGCAGGGAUGAAGGCAGCUGUGUGCAGGGGUUUGUGGAGAUCUUUGAUAUGCUGCUGGCAGCCACGUCCAGGUUCAGAGAACUGAAGUUACAGAGAGAGGAGUAUGUGUGUCUCAAAGCCAUGAUCCUGCUCAACUCCAACAUGUGCCUGAGUUCGUCGGAGGGAGGAGAGGAGCUGCAGAGCCGGUCGAAGCUGCUGUGUCUGCUGGACUCGGUGACGGAUGCUCUGGUGUGGGCCAUCUCUAAGACAGGCCUGAGCUUCCAGCAGCGCUCCACCAGACUUGCUCAUCUGCUCAUGCUGCUCUCCCACAUAAGGCACCUCAGUAACAAAGGCAUGGACCACCUCCACUGCAUGAAGAUGAAGAAGAUGGUUCCUCUGUAUGACCUGCUUCUGGAGAUGCUGGACGCUCAUAUCAUGCACAGCUCCCGUUUGUCUCACUCCGCCCCUCGAGCGGCUCCCAGUUCCCAGCAUGGAGGGACCUUAGGAACCUAAACCAUUUCUGCGCUGAAGAAUGAUCUAUAGUUUCGGGAAGAUGGACAACAAAAACAGCCACACAAAAGAGUGGAAUAGGAUUUCUCAAGAUGAAAAAAACAUUUUUCUUUUUUGCUGUGAAAUUCUGUUUUUACAGAACUCAUUCUGAACACAACUGUUUGGUUUUAUGUGAAAAUUAAAUUUUUUUAAAUACCUUUCCAGAAUUUCAGAACUGAUAAAUUGCUGGUCAUUUGAAAACUGUUUACUCUGUUUUUAGAUUUUGAAUUUAAUUUUUUUUUUUUUUAUGUAACAGGCAGUGAGAGCACAUGCACCCAUUCCCAUGAAAUCUGCACCACGAUGAAAUGUACAGUUUCUACUUUACCAUUUUCUCUUUCUAAACAGUACGUUUGCAACUCUCGCUUUUUGUAAAAGAAAAACAGCAUCGCACUGAUGCCCUCAUCAACUGUAGCAACUGCUGUAGAUAGAGCAAUUAUUGAUGACACAGAUCAGAACAAACAGAUCAGACUCCUUCACUUACAAAACGACAGUAUGGACAGUCAUUGCUAGAGAUGAGAGAGGUUUGUAUGCAAUGGGAGCAAAGACUCAGAAGAACUGAAUCAAGCCUUUUUUCUUUUUUUUUUCUCUGUCAGAACAAGGACUUGUGAAUGUCACACUGCAGUAAUUCAGGACAGUUGGAUGUUUUGUGUGCAUUUAUUAAGUUUGACAAAACAGAUCAUGGAGCAAAAUGUGUUUAAAAAAAAACAAAAACGCUUUCUUUCACCCUUCUCUCCACCCAGUAAACCCCUUUAACACCACAAAGGCCUUUUACAAAACCUUUAUACAUUUUCUAGAGACAGCUCAAUCUAUUGCUACUAUUUCACUGUGAAAAACCACAGCUACCAAAAAAAGUACUUGUGAUAUUGCACUUUAAUAGUUCUCUGAAAUAUCUGAAGCCCUGUUUUGAGAAUCAAGAAAAAUGAAAAUAUUGCAGUGCCUACAGUGAUUACACUCUAUACAUUUUGGUUUAAGAUGACAGUUAUAAAAAAAAUAAAAAAAUAUCCAUGGAUUGAUAUAAAACCAAACAUACCUUAAAGAUUAGAAGCAAAAAAAAUAGAUGUUACAAGUACUUAAUUUUAAUAAACGCACAAAGUAUUUAUAAAUGUUAUUGUAUCUACCGGGAGGCAUCUGAAUUGUGACUGUUUUGAUAUGAAGCGCUAAUACUGAUUUUACCAUUUUUUGGCAACUAAACAUUAAAGACCAGAUGUAAAACA